AUGGCUGUCACGGUUACGACCGUUCUGGUCCGCUUCUCUGACGCUGUCGGCUCUGAAGAUGCCAACGGCGCCGAAACGUUAACGAGAAUAAAGAUCGAUGACGAUCGUGGUUUUUCGCCCAGGAAACAUAAACAAAUGCGUUCCUUAAUACUGGUGACCUUGUUGGUCGUGGCAACCGUAAUAACCGCAUUACCUACUCCAUACGACGAUCUCGAUAUAGUUGAUGACAGAUCUCUCCGAGAGAAACGACAAUUUGGAUUUGGAGGACCAAUGAUGGGAGGAUUUAGUCCAUUUGGAAUGGGCGGAAUGGGUGGAAUGGGCGGAAUGGGAGGAUGGGGACGACCUGGAUGGGGUGGCGGAUGGGGACGACCGGGUUGGGGAGGCGGAUAUGGAUGGGGAUAA